GGCGCUCGCUCGGGGAGCCGGGGGGAGAGGCUGCCGGCCAGGCUGCACCGCGGAGGGGAGUGCCGCUCGCAGCCGGCGGCGAGCGCGCAGGCAGCACCUCGGUGCCGGUGACUUGGGGGUGCCGCUCCCCGCUCGCGCCUGGCCGCGGCGGUGGAUGGAUGCGCCAUGGCCACGCUGGUGUGCCGGGUGCAGCUGCUGGAUGACACCGACCCCUUCAACAGCACCAACUUCCCUGAGCCCACCCGGCCGCCGCUGUACACCUUCCGGGAGGACAUCCCGCUCGCCACCCAGCUGGCCGGGGUGCACCGCCUCCUCCGCGCCCCGCAGAAGCUUGAUGACUGCACCCUGCAAUUGUCUCAUAAUGGUACCUAUCUGGAUCUAGAAUCCACCCUAGCAGAACAAAGGGAUGAAUUAGAAGGCUUCCAGGAGGAUGCUGGGAGGGGCAAGAAGCACAGCAUAAUUCUCAGGACCCAGCUGUCAGUGAGAGUCCACGCCUGCAUUGAAAAACUUUACAAUUCCAAUGGACGGGAGCUGAGACGGGCACUCUUUUCCUUGAAACAAAUAUUUCAGGAUGACAAGGACUUGGUUCAUGAGUUUGUUGUUGCUGAAGGUUUGACUUGCUUAAUCAAAGUGGGAGCAGAAGCCGACCAGAAUUAUCAGAACUACAUCCUGAGAGCUUUGGGCCAGAUAAUGCUUUAUGUCGAUGGCAUGAAUGGAGUGAUAAAUCAUAAUGAAACCAUCCAAUGGCUCUACACACUUAUUGGCUCAAAGUUUCGCCUGGUGGUAAAGACAGCAUUGAAGCUGCUGCUGGUGUUUGUGGAGUACACAGAAUCCAAUGCACCACUUUUGAUCCAGGCAGUAUCUACUGUGGAUGAAAAGAGAGGAGCCAAGCCAUGGUCCAACAUCAUGGAGAUACUGGAAGAGAAGGACGGAGUUGAUACAGAACUACUGGUUUAUGCAAUGACCUUGGUUAACAAGACGCUGUCAGGAUUGCCAGAUCAAGACUCCUUCUACGAUGUGGUGGACUGUCUGGAAGAGCUAGGCAUUGAAGCUAUUUCACAGAGACACUUGAACAAGAAAGGAACAGACUUGGAUUUAGUUGAGCAAUUUAACAUUUAUGAGGUGACACUGAGGCAUGAAGAUGGAGAUGAGAGUGCAGAGCCCCCUCCCAGCGGGCGCAAGGACCGGAGGAGGGCCAGCCUUGGUGCCGGGGAGCGCAGGGGGCUGGAGCGCCGGCGGAGCCGCAGGCACUCGGCGCAGAACGUCAAGAGCACUUUAUCAGCCCCCGCCAGCCCCUGCGGGCAGUCGAGCUUCGUGCUGAGCCACGGGCAGCGCGUGGAAGAGCUCAGUGAGAGAUACAAUAGCUAUGGCAGCAGCUCUUACUCUUCUCCACGACCUUACGCUGGUAUGAGUGCCCCUACAACACCCACUACUCGUUAUGGGACAACUCUGUCACCACCCCAGGAGACCAAAUCUGACAGGCCAGCUUUGGGUGGUCUCCUUACAUCAUCUUUUCGGCAGCACCAGGAGUCCUUGGCAGCAGAAAGAGAAAGACGGCGUCAGGAGAGAGAAGAAAGGUUACAAAGGAUAGAACGUGAAGAAAGAAACAAAUUCAACCGUGAUUAUUUAGACAAAAGAGAAGAACUAAGACAAGCAAGAGAAGAGAGAUACAAAUACUUGGAGAAGUUGGCAGCAGAGGAGUAUGAGAAGGAGCUGAAGAGUCGGAGUAUCAGCCGAGGCAGAAGUGAGCUGUCCUUGAAUCUGAGAUCUCCUUCAGCUCCGUCCUCACCUGUACCCAAGUGCAUCAGCCCAGCAUCCAUAGAGUCCCAGGAAGAGCUGAAGACGCCUUCCAUCACAUGUGGAAUUCCCCAGCCCUCAGAAGUGAGUGCCAGUGAACCCGAACCAGAGACAGAGACAGAACCAGAACCAGAGCAGGAGGCUGAGGCUGAGGCCAAGCAGGGAACGGAGACACCCAAGGAAAUAGAGGCUACCGAGGUGGGACCAGAGAGUGAGGUGGAGCAAGGACCAGAGAGAGAGCCAGAAGAAAGUGCAAUACUCAGUGAAAAGGAGAGGCAGAAUGAGGAAGUGAAUGAAAAGGACAACUGUUCUGCAUCCAGUAUAUCCUCAGCAAGCAGCACUUUAGAGAGGGAAGAGAGAGAGGACAAGUUAACCAGUGACAAUGAAACUGGUCCAUGGUCACAGACCAUUCAGGAUGCUGGUGUGAAUGAGCAGUGCAGCAACAUCCUCAACAACAAGCGGUUCAUGCUGGACAUGUUGUAUGCGCAUAACAAAAAGCCCAAAGAUGAAGAGGAGAAGGAGCUGGAGGCGAAGGAGGAAAAGAAGGAGACGGAGGAAAGUGAGGAGUCACUCACUAGCCUAGCCAGCAGGAUCUCUAUUCUUCAGGCCACAAAGCAGGCCAAAGAUGAAUGUGUCAAAAAGAUGGAGAUUGGAAAUCUGGACAACCAAGGCAGUGUGAAAGCCUUUGCAGAAAAAUUUAACAGUGGUGAGCUGGCUAAGGGGACAGCAGUGCCUGAAGAUGAAAUCAGUGAACAGGUCCCUGAGAAAACACCAGCACAGACAAAGAAGGAAUCUGAUUACAUCUGGGAUCAGCUCAUGGCUAAUCCUCGAGAACUUAAAAUCAAAGACAUGGAUUUUACAGACUUGGGGGAGGAGGAUGAUGUAGAUGUGUUGGACAUGGAUAUGGGUCCUGGGGACUCCCUUGUUCCCCCUCCUCCACCUCCACCUUCUUUUCUGGGUUUGCCUCCUCCACCACCUCCCCCCUUGUUCGGAUGUCCACCUCCACCUCCGCCCUCUGCUAAUUUAUUGGCUCCUCCUCCACUGUUCAGCACUCCUCAGGGUUUAGGGUCACCCCAGGUUUCUAGGGGUCAGCCAGCAUUUAUAAAGAAGAAGAAAACCAUCCGUCUGUUUUGGAAUGAGGUACGGCCAUUUGAGUGGCAGUGUAAAAACAACAAACGCUGCAGAGAAUUCCUGUGGUCGAAACUGGAACCCAUUAAGGUGGACACUUCCAAACUGGAGCAUCUCUUUGAAUCUAAAUCCAAGGAACUGCCUGUCACAAAGAAAACUGCUGCAGAUGGGAAGCGACAGGAGAUCAUUGUGCUGGACUCAAAGCGAAGCAACACCAUUAAUAUUGGCUUGACUGUGUUGCCCCCUCCCCGUACCAUCAAGACUGCUAUUUUGAACUUUGAUGAAUAUGCCUUAAACAAGGAAGGAAUAGAGAAAAUCCUGACCAUGAUCCCAACCGAGGAAGAAAAGCAGAAGAUCCAGGAGGCGCAGCUGGCAAAUCCCGAUGUCCCCCUGGGCAGCGCUGAGCAGUUCCUUCUCACCCUCUCCUCCAUCAGUGAGCUCUCUGCCAGGCUCCAGCUCUGGGCUUUCAAGAUGGACUAUGAGAUAGUGGAAAAGGAAGUUGCAGAACCACUUCUAGACCUGAAGGAGGGAAUGGACCAACUGGAGCACAAUAAAACUUUGGGAUUUAUCCUGUCUACUCUAUUAGCCAUUGGGAACUUUCUGAAUGGAACCAACGCCAAAGCUUUUGAGUUGAGCUACCUCGAGAAGGUUCCAGAAGUCAAGGACACAGUGCACAAACAGUCCCUCCUGCACCAUGUCUGCACUAUGGUGGUAGAAAAGUUCCCAGACAGCACUGAUCUUUAUUCAGAGAUCGGGGCCAUCACUAGGUCAGCCAAGGUUGACUUUGAACAACUCCAGGAAAACUUGUGUCAGAUGGAAAGACGGUGCAAAGCAUCAUGGGAUCACCUUAAGGCUAUAGCAAAACAUGAAAUGAAGCCAAGUCUAAAGCAAAAAAUGUCUGAGUUCCUUAAAGACUGUGCAGAAAGAAUCAUAAUCCUGAAGAUUGUUCAUAGAAGAAUAAUUAACAGGUUUCACUCAUUUUUGUUAUUUAUGGGCCAUCCUCCCUACGCAAUACGUGAAGUCAACAUCAAUAAGUUCUGCAAAAUUAUAAGUGAAUUUGCUCUGGAAUACCGUACCACCAGGGAAAGAGUUCUGCAGCAAAAACAAAAACGAGCUAACCACAGGGAAAGAAACAAGACCAGAGGGAAAAUGAUAACAGAUUCCGGCAAGUUCUCCAGCAGCUCCCCUCCGUGCCAGAGCCAGCCCCAGGGCCUGCAGUACGCCGAGGAUGCUGCCGAGCACGAGAACAUGAAGGCAGUGCUGAAGACCUGCUCCGUGGGCGGCGACAGCACCAUGGCACUCGGAGUCCGCACUCGGAGCCGGGCCAGCCGAGGCCGUAUUGGUUCGUGGAACGCUGGCAAUGACGAUUCACCAAAUGCGACGGAUGACGCUGCAGAUGAGAUCAUGGAUCGCAUUGUCAAGUCCGCCACCCAAGUGCCAAGCCAGCGAGCAGUGCCUAGAGAGAGGAAGCGGUCACGAGCUAAUAGGAAGUCAUUGAGAAGGACACUAAAGAGUGGGCUAACACCAGAAGAAGCCAAAGCACUGGGCCUCAUCAGCACUUCUGAGAUGCAGGUUUGACAUCCCAGAGGUGGCAACAAGAAGAGUUGUUCAUCUGAAGCACACGGGCUGAGAACCCUUCAGCGUGGCAUUGAACUGCCAGCCUCCUCUGCUGCUCCCAACGUCCUGUCCUCUGUUAGUUCCAUUUUAAUAAGCAACAAAAAGCAAAACCCCACAUCCAGGGCAGAAGAAGGGUGUGCAACAGCUCAGCAUGACAUCCAGACGGUAACUGAGGAAGCAUUUGAGUGUUCCUAAGUGAAAGCACAUGGCUUCUUCUCCUCAUGGUGUGUUGAUGUGGGUAGGAGGGGGCUCUCUGAGUUAUCUGUCAUUAUG